AUGGCUGUCUAUACACUCGUACAGGAAUGGGCUGACCUUCGAGAUUACCUCCAGAGUCUGUGGCAUGAGGUUGCAUACGACGGCCUCAACAGCGCCAUUGCUGGGACCCUGUGUAAUGUCGCAAUUACUAUGGUUAAGCGAACGCAAUCUGCCAUAUUUGUCGAUUUUCCCGGCCAUGAUUUAUACAAGACGGUCAUGAAAACUAUCACGCGGGGUGAUCCGGAAAAAGCCCAGACCAUGUUCUCUGCCCACAUUCUCAAAAUUUCACCGGAUUCCGCCAAGGGUGAAGUGGUUCAGGAAAAUAAAGUUGAUAUUAAAGAGCAAUUCUCGAUACAUGCGUAUCAAGACCUCCUCGACUUUAUCACUAACUUCCAGAAGACCCGAAGUGGGAAGCCAACUAAGCGCAUGCUGGCUGAAAUUCGUAACUGGGACCCUUAG